AUGACUUCUAAAUCGGAUAAAAAUGCUGAGACAUCAACUUUGAGAAGUGGGGUGAAUGGAGGCCUACCUCAAGUAUCUAAUGACAAAUAUGAUAAGGUUUCUUCUACAACUGGAGACAGAUCUUCUACAGGGAAUAUUGUAACUUCAUCAUAUCCUACAAACCACAGAACAUCAAGUAUAAGUUCUACUACACCUCGAGUUCUGGAAACAACUUCAAAACUCUCAGACCCUUCUUCAUAUUUAUUCUCUACAGAUGAUUCUGAUGACAUUGAUGACUCGGAAGCAGAAUUGAAAAACGAGGAGGACACUGAUUAUAGUGACAAUUUUUCUCUAGAUAGUGUUUUCAAGUUUUUCUUCGACAGCGGCAGUGAAGCAUCGGAGGCCAGCACUGUGAAGUUGCCUGCCUCAGAAACUGUCACACCUCCCACUUCAACUUCAACCUCAAGAAAACCUGUUUCCCUGAAAACCCCAAUUUUCCCCGUCACUAGUACAACAAAACCAUCCGCCAUCAACAAAACUUCACCAUUGAAAAUUUCCACCACCACACAUUCCCCUGUGAAGGUCUCCCCUGUCAAAAACACAUACUUCAGUAGCAGAAUCACUGCUAAACCUGUGAAGGACAUCAUUAAUAACUCACAUAAAAACGUGACGACCACCAGUAAUCUCAGUAAAAUCGAUGUUGAUGUAGAAGAAAAUCAACCACAAGAAGUGAGAUUAAGCCCUGAUGAUCUUGAUAAGAUUAUUGAAAGUGAGAAACUGAGAACAGAGAAACCAAUCAUUUAUAUCAACCGGUUUCAUUCUGUUACAAACGACCUCAAAAAUCGUAACAGGACCAGAGUACCUGGAACGAUUACAAGAAUUCCUCCCAGUGGAAUAGGUGGUGCUAACAGGAAUAAUGGAACGAAACAUAAUGUAACAGGAGCUGUUACUCCUGGUAGUAACAAAUUUGAUGGCGUGAGGAAUGGAACAGUUAAUAAGUUUGGGAGUUCGGUAACUGGUGGUAAUAAAUUUGAUGGUUCAAAAGGUAAUGGAACCGUUAAUAAAUUUGGAAGUAACAAGUUUGAUGGUGUAAGGGGCCACCACAGUAAUGGAACAUUGAAUAAAUUCACCGGUUAUGCAGCUUUGAACCGUGCGCCUGGUAGCAACAGAAACGUAACAGGAGGUGUCAUCAAGCCGCUGAAUAGAAUACCAGGAGUAUACUCCAGGGUACCAGGUACUGUUUCUAGAAUAAGUAGCACAACGGCUAAAAGCAGUACUGUGACAGAUGACGAGGUGCAACAUAUAUCUGCAGUGCAGCCAACUACAGCGGAUCCCAGUGCGGUAACCGGUCUACUGAAGUUGGCCGGAUGUAAUAUCUAUGGCAGAAUGUACCGAGUUGGCAAAAUAAUCACGGAACUGUCGGGGCCGUGCUUGGAGUGUAUGUGUACAGAGGUGGGUGUUCAGUGUAGGCCAUUGCCUUGCUCAUGA